AUGCCCCCGCGACGUUCAUCGCGUUCAGCGCGUGCGUCAGUCGAGCCCUCUGAAGCACCUACUUCAAAGCGCAAGCGGCAAGAUCCUACCGAGAAAGAGAACAAACUUCGCGCGAAACAGUCGCGCUCCAAGCCCAAAGACCUCGAGGACAUUCCUGAAUCUGACGUGGACGAGAACGAAGAAGAGGACGGGCACCCUCCAGUUAAGAGGCCGCGACCAUCUCUCGAACGCGAGAGUGAUGAUGAGAACGAAAGUCCUGUGCCGAAGCGACGCAAUGCCAAGGCUUCUCACAACACAGAGGAAUCGAGGACGCGCCGGGGCAAGCGCGCGCCAGCCAAGACGCUUGCCAUAUCCUCGGAUGAAGAGGAGGAGGCUGAUUCAGAGGUGGAGACCAAGCCCAAGCCCAAGCCGAAACGUACCGCGGCAAACAAGUCUCGGCCCAUAGUCGCUGAUUCCGAUGAGGAUGAUGUUGGAGCACCUGCAUCUGGGUCUGAGGAGGAAGAGGAUGAAAAGCCAAAGAAGAGUAACGGUCGACGUGCGAGCACGACCAAAGCGAAGUCCAAAUCCAAAUCCGCUCCCAAGUCGAAGAAGCGCGCGUCUGUAACUCCUGCACCGUCUCACUCCGACGCCGAACUCGCAUCCUCGACAGCCAGACCACCUAAUGCGCCUGGCCCGGACGCUUAUGAGGUUGUGCCAAAUUCUGAGCUUGUUGUAACCCGCACGGCGACCAAGAGCAACAGCAGCCGGUACACGAUCAAUCGACGGACGAGUACUUUCACGGAAGUUCAGACGCUGCUCAAGGGUCGGGGGAUCGAUCUGGACCACAAGAGGUUUCUAAUUCUUCAGGGUGAGGUCGAGUCAAUCGCUCAAAUGAAGCCUAAGGGCUCAACGGAACACGAAGACGGCCUGCUCGAGUAUUUGGAGGACAUCAUCGGAACCUCCCAUUACGUCGAACCCAUUUCUGAAUCGCUGACUCAGAUUGAGGUCUUCCAAGAGGAGCGCGGAUCCAAACUGAAUCGACUGCGAAUUGUUGAAAAGGAGAAGAAUUCCCUAGAAGAACAGAAGAAGGAGGCCGAAAACUACUUGCGCCUGAAGAACGACAAGGCCCUAGCGCAGAACAAGCUAUGGCAAUGGGCUUUGUGGAAGUCUUUCAUAGCUGAAGAAGAGAGCCAGCGCAGUGUGGCACAAUUCACAGAGGAGCUCAAGGCCGAGCAGGACCGAAACAAGGAUGACCGGCAACAUUUUGAAGCUCUCCAAAAGCAUCACGCUGAGCGUCAGGCGGCGUAUAAGAAAGUACAGGAGACCGCAUCGGCCGCCAUCCAAGAACUAGCAGGCUACGAGAAACAGCAGAUUCAGCUGAAGGAGAAGUUGAAGCAUUCCACUGCAAAGGACAAGAAGGCGAGCAAGUCUUUGGCCGAGGACAAAGCUGCGCACGCGACGGCCGAGCGUACGAUCGCUGAAAGCACCAACAAGAUGAAGAAGAAGCGUAUCGAAAUGGAGGAACAGGAGGCCAGUCUUGCCCAAGAGGAGGCCAAGCUUGAAGCGAUACAGGACAGCCUGAAAGGCGAGUUGACUGCUUCUACUGAGAAACGUUUUCUUAACGCGUUUGUUCUAGAUAAGACACAGGUGUUCCAUGACCAGAUCGAAGCCAAGCAGAAAGAUCUGCAGCCUUGGACAACGAAGAUCAACGCCAAAACAGCAGCGAUUAAUGUAGCGACGAGCGAGCGAGAUGCUUUGAGCCGGAAGGCGCGAGAUUUGGUCGAGGCUUUGGAGUCGGCCGAUAACGACCUGCAGCAGUUGAAGAGAGAUCAAGAUGAGAAGCACGAGCAACAGGAAACACUCAAAGCGGACAAGAAAGCGCACCAAGCGGCAAUUGCCAAUCAGGACGCCCAAAAGUCGGCACAAGAAUUGCGGUCGCAAGCAUCUUCGGCUCGCCACAAGCUAAACGAGGCGCGGAGCACUGUUGCAGAGAAGACAUCUCAGAACCGAGUUGUGGAUGGGUUGAAUCAGUACAAGAGCUCAGGACGCAUCCCUGGAUUUCAUGGGCGACUGGGCAGCCUGGGAACGAUACCGGAUAAGUACGACAUUGCGGUUUCCACUGCGUGCGGGGCGCUGCAUAACAUGGUUGUCGAUCACGUGGAAGAGGCCCAAAGUGCGAUCCAAUAUCUCCGACAACACAACCUCGGGAGGGCGACAUUCAUUGUGUUGGACAAAUGCAAUCAGGGUGGAAUGGACCCGAUCCAAACUCCAGAGGGCGUCCCUCGCCUAUUCGAUCUGAUCACUCCAAAGGAACCCCGCUUCGCCAAGGCCUUCUACAAAGCUUUGGCCAACACCCUGGUUGUCGACAACCAGGACCAAGCAAACCGGAUUGCGUUCGGUGGCAGACAGCGCUGGCGGGUGGUCACGCUCGCUGGACAGCUGAUCGAAUCGACGGGUGUGAUGUCUGGAGGCGGGAACUCGCCUGCGAGGGGUGCCAUGAGCUCCAAAUUGGCACCGGAUGCCAUUUCACCCGAGGCUUUGCAGAGGCUGGACCAGGAAUGCGCUCAAGUGGAGCAACGGCUAGAGCGAGCCACCAGGGAAGCACGCGAUGCCGAAGCUGCGCUGGACCACGUCAAGCAACAAUUGCCUGAGACCGAGACGGCAUUCCAGAAACUUGGACUGGACAUCGAGAUUGGCAAGAACCGCAUCACAGAAGCCAGCAAGCGCCUAUCCGAGUUGAAAUCACAGAAUAAACCCAACUCGGCUGAUCUCACCCGCGCAUCCAAGCUGGAUAGUGAGAUCGAACGUACCCAGGCCGAUCUCAACGACCUUCAAGGUAAGGCUUCCGGCAUCGAACAGGCUAUAGCCGAACUCGAGGAGAGGAUCAUCCAAAUCGGCGGAUCGAAACUACUUGCCCAGAAGUCGAAAGUCGACGGUAUCAAGCUGCUGAUCAAUCUCGCCAACGAAGAGAUCACAAAAGCGGAGGUUGCCAAAGCCAAAGCGGAGAAGGACGUUGUCAAACUUGCGCAAACCAUCGAAUCGAACUCAAAGAUCAAGACGGAAGUCGAUGCUGAGCUGGAAGAGCUCGACCGACAGGUGGACCAGUUGACGGAUUACAUCAAUACGCAGCAGAAGAACGUUGACGAGGCGAAAUCCGCUGCCGAGAACUGCAAAGAUGAUCUCGAUAGUGUCAAACAGUCUUUGGAGGAGAAGGAGGAGGAGAUACAAUCUUUCAGGCAACGCGAGGUCGCGAUUGAGACGAAGCUCGAUGAGGCGCAACGACUUUUGGAUGAGAAUGCGGCAAAGGUCGAGCAUUGGCGCGAAAACCUGGAGACACUGGUGCUGGAAGAGAUCGAGGACGACGACGACGAAGACGAGGAGGGCAACGAAUUCAACGACAAGGAGAAUGCACACAAUGCCGCCAAGGUCAAGUCGACGAACCAAGAGCCGGCCACCGCCGAUGAAGACGUCAAGAUGGAGGAUGACGGUCUCAAGUUGGACGACGAGGGCCCGAGUGAAGAGGGUGCCACUAACGGGCUUCCGAACUACCGUGUCGAGGAGCUGGCCAAGUUCAAACAGCGGGAAAUGAACAUCGCCGUUGAAACCCUCGAUGACCAACUGAAGCGGAUGAAACCAAAUCUCGAAGUUUUGGAGGAAUACAAGAAAGUGGAGCAACUGUAUCUCGCCCGUGCCCAGGAUGUCGAGGAGACGACCAAGUUGCGAGACGCGGAGAAGGCGAAGUACGAAGGCCUCAGAAAGCGGCGACUGGACGAAUUCAUGACCGGGUUCAGCCUGAUCUCCCUCAAGCUGAAGGAGAUGUACCAGAUGAUCACACUCGGUGGAAAUGCUGAGCUUGAGCUCGUGGAUAGCAUGGAUCCUUUCUCCGAAGGCAUCAUCUUCAGUGUCAUGCCUCCCAAAAAGAGCUGGAAGAACAUCUCCAAUCUGUCUGGGGGAGAAAAGGCCCGUGUUCUCUCGUUUGUGUUUGAAGCUGCAAGCGCUGAUGGAUUUACAGACUCUGAGUUCUCUUGCCUUGGUCUUUGCUCUGCACGUCUUCAAGGUGCGUUUGUCUCAGUCGAUGGCCACCCCAAUCUGAUGGCAUAUGGCCAGCCCACACCUUUGUACUUUAUGGACGAGAUUGACGCUGCGCUUGACUUCAGGAACGUGUCAAUCGUCGCCAACUAUAUCAAGGACAGAACAAAGAACGCCCAGUUUAUCAUCAUCUCCCUGCGGAAUGAUAUGUUUGAGCUUAGUCAUCGAUUGAUCGGCAUCUACAAGACAGCGAAUGCCACUCGCAGCAUCUCCAUCGACAACCAUUCUCUGAAUUCUAGCAUUGUCAAAGCAGUAUAGCCUGUGUAUGUAAGAUACGAUAAUAUAUGCUCAUGAUAUCUGGUUUAGUGAGGCCAGCGGUGGACGGCCGACCCGAGUGAUCGUUGUUCGCGGCUUGCCUUCUACAGGCGCAGUCACUGAUUUGUACAUCUCCAGCUCAUUAUCGAAACCAGUUUCUGCGGACUAUCAGCCCACGGAUCAGACGUCUGUGAACGAGCGAUCGCACCUGUUUUGUCUCGGCCAAUUCUCGUCGUAUCCGGUCAAGAUAAACAAUUCUCUGAGCCGGAUUAUUGUGGCCAAGAAUCUCAGCAUUGAAUUUGCUGAGCCGUUCCGCUUCGCCUUCUGCCAACUCAUUUCGUGCGACGAGAGACUGGAUCUCCUCCGAAAGCUUGUAGUACGCUUGCUGGAAUUGUUCGCUUUCUGCCAGCUCGCCAGCCAUUCUGUUCAGGAUCGAUGUCAACCCGGGACAAUGACUACGAGAUAGAUACUCACGUGUCAAUCUCGGCGCGCAGACCCUCCUCAGUCAUGCGAUUUCGUCUGAAAGUCUCGGUCAACUGCU